AAGGACUUCUUGUCUUGCUGAGUAGUUUUGUUUGUAGGUACAAUUUAGGUGAUUCUUGUGAUAAUCCAAUAUUUCCAAGCCAAUAGUUCAUUUAACAAAAAAAGAACUAACCAUAAAACGUCAACAAUCUACCAUGAUAGAAGAUGAUAAUAAAACGUUAUGGUGUGGAAAUUUACCUGAACAAGCCACGGAAGAUUUGUUGUACGAAUUAUUUUUACAAGCCGGGCCCUUGGAGAAGGUGAGAAUUGCAAAAGACAGAGAUGGGAGGCAAAAGAAUUUCGCAUUUAUUACAUACUGCCAUGAAGUUUCGGUGCCUUACGCGCUAAAUUUGUUCCGCGGGACAUCCCUGUUUCACAGGAAACUGUCUCUACAAAGUCGCGGUCGAGUGGCUUGGUUGCCUCCUCCUAUAAGAUGUACUGGACCGGAGCCAAGUCUGGAGUUUGGUCAGAGUAAUGUUGCUCAGCAGUUUUCUGAAAUGACGGAGAGGUUGCACGAGGAAGAGUACAUAUCUGCAUAUGGUGUCCGACAACCUCACGAUUACAAUGAUAAGUUGGUUGUGGCGAGUUUACAAGGAAACUGGAGUCAUAGGCACCAUCCAUAUAUGCCUAGUCAGGACAAAGGAAACAAGAAUCUGCACAAUAGAGACGAUUACCGGCAACGGGAUAAUUCUGAUUUUAACCAGCGCAAUAAGCAUUCGAGUAAUUGGAGAGACAGGAGAAGUCAUAGAAAGGGCAAUUAUCAAAGGAGAGAAUGAUUUACUGUAAUUGAUAAUGAAAAUUGACAAAUGUGCGGGUUUACCCAGCCUUUUCAAUCUACGACACAGAGUAAAUAAUAUCUAACUACUAAAAUCAAGAAAAAUAACUGAAAUGGAAACAAAAAAGAAGUUUACUAAAACAAAUACAUUGAAAGAGUAUUUUAAGAUUUUUGUUUAAUUGUAACAUUUACAAUAGUUAUGUCUAUAACACAAGGAUGUGUUUUCACUUUUG